UCAGUGAGCAGGAGUCACAAAUAGCGGCUGUGUUUUUCUUUUUCUUUUCUUUUCCAUUUGAGGGUUAAAUGCUAGAGCAACCGCAAACGUGUGGAAUUGAGGUUUACUCGGUCAUCAUGGAGGAGGACGGGGGAAGCCCUCUCUUCAAGUACCCAGUAUCUGACUUCCUGUUGACAGUCGGUGGUCUGGUGUUCUUUCUCCUGGACGUUGGGACUGGACGCGUGGGCGGUGGUGUCUUUUUAUCAGGAAGAGGACUAUGUGUUCAUGGGACUGCUGGUGUUCCUACUCCUAGGUUCCUCAGCCCUGGUCCAGGCUUUCAGCUGGCUGUGGUACCACUAUGACAAGGACGGGACUGAGACCAGGACUGAGAGCCUUGUGAAGAACCUCUGCUCUCUCAGGAUCCUACAUCUUUCCCAGAUGGGAGUCUACCUCAGAUAUGCUGGUGUGGUGAGGAUCUCGAUAUGUGGCUUCUGCUGUGGAAAGCGUUACAUGGACGGCGAUGCUGUGUAUCUGACCCAUGAUCUAAGCCUGCUGCGCCUCAUCGAGGCUUUCUCUGAGAGCACCCCACAGCUUGUCCUCAUGAUCACUAUCAUUGUCCAGAGGGGAGAGGUUGAGCCCAUCACAAGUACAUACAUGUAUAGACAGAGACUGCGUCCCAAAUGACACCCUAUUCCCUAUAUCAUACACAACGUUGACCAGAGUCCUAUGUGCCCUCGUCAAAAGUAGUGCAAAAAAUAGGGAGCCAAAUGUGACAGUCCUAGAGGUAUGGCACAUUGUGGCUGGUAUUGCCCUGUAACUAGGCUUCAGAGUUUUCUCCUGACCCUACAUAAUCUAAGAGUACAGACUCCAAACAUUAUGAUACAUUUUUAUAAUUUCAUCCAUUGUCAGUUAGUUGAUCAGUCUGUUAUUUAACAUCCUGUGUUGAUGUUCUCUCUCCCUCAGUCUUGAAGGCACUUGGUUCAGCAUCUGCCAUCGCCGUCAGUGUGACCAUGUACCACCGUUCC